AUGGAUAGCUGGCUUGACGGCCUGCCUCAACGACGAAAUAUUUCUUUAAGAGACCUAGAUUGGCGACGGAAACAAAGAAUUGUCCUUGAGCUUAGAUAUCACAAUGUCAUGAUGCUUCUGUUCAGACCUUUUGUUACGCACUGUACACAAGAGCCCAACCAGCAACCAUCAAAUGAGUUAGUGGGGGCUGUCAAUAAGUGUGUUUCAUCGGCUCAAAGGACUAUCGAGAUUAUGUACGAGACCUACAAGGUCCAAACCUACUUCCGAACAUGGUGUUAUAACACGACAUACAUCACCAUUGCAUCUUCAGUUCUACUCCUCUACGAGUUCCGGACAAAGGAACGCCCGACCACAAAUAACAUAGCUCUGAUAGAAUCUGCAAUAGAGAUUCUAGAAGCGAUGGAUGAAUCGGUAGUGGCGCGGAGUGCUGCAGAGGUCAUCAAGCACUUUUUACGAGAGCUCAAGUCUACGACCAACGGAACGUCCGAUAGCGUCGCGCAACCAGACAAUAUCGAUGUCCAACAAGCUCCUACACCCGGUCCCUGGGCUUCAUUAGACUUUGAGUUUACGGGCUUUGAAUUCUUGGAUCUUCCACUAGGAGAGAUGACAACGGUCUUUGACGAACUUCAUAAGAGUCUUGAUCAUAGUUUCCAGCCAGAGUGA